UCUGCUCUCGUGAUGGUUACAGAGUAAGCUAAUAAGCUUAAUAUCGAAACGUUAAUUAACAUUAUUGAAGUGCAUAUUAUCAACCAGAUAAAAUGGGAAAUCGAUAAAAAAAAUGGGUGUAUCCAGAACAGUUACCCAUACAUUAGAAACCGCAUUAGACUGAAACAAGAAGCAGAUUAAAUUAGCGUGUGCGGUGAUCGUUGGUGGUGUGUAAAGAUAUUGUACAAAAAGUUCGAGGCGAGGUGCGCGCGGUGCGCGUCGUCGUCAUCACGCAGCGACGCAUCAGCGGUCGCAGCGGAUUAUACGCUUGGCUGGCUUUGGUUUGCGCUCGCCGUCCGUCGUCCUCAUCUUCGUCCUCGUCUACCCAUCGUAACGUUGCUUUUUGUUGCUACACAGCUCGUCGCCGGAGAGAUAUACCCUGCUGCGUGCCGCAACCAUUACUCCAGCAAUCAUGGGAAACUCGGACAUUGAGUGCAUUACUGACUCCAAAAAAGAUCCUGGUGAGUUGACCGACUCCGAUGUGUCUGUGGAGCACAAAAAGAAAAAGAAGAGGAAACAUAAGCAUAAGCACAAAAAGGACAAGUCUUCGGACAAAAUUGACAGCAAGAUGGAGAAAGAGAAAAAGAAACACAAAAAGCACAAAAAGAAGAAGAGCAAGAUGAGUGAAGAGAACGGGAACGGAGCUGUUAUUAACAAAAUUGUCAGCUCGCUUGUUAAUAAAAAAGAAGUUAAUGGCAAAUUUAACAGUAGGGUCAUGGAAAUUGGCGAAACUGAAGAUAGCGAGGAAGAGAAGAUGGUAGAUUUGGAUUCUGAUGAAGUGGACUGUGCAAUUAUUGAAGAUGACAUAGAUUUAGAAGAACUAAUGAAACAAAAGGAGCGUCUUCAAGCUUGUUUAGUACAAUAUUUAUCCGAUGAAUCCGAAAGAGAUGCGAGAGCAAAGAAAAAGGAAGAAAUACCGGAUGUGAUAUUAGUUGAGGACAGUGGCGAUGAGAUCGUAACUGAACCCCUCAUAAAACGUCCUCGGAACUCCUUAACACUUGAACCCCGAAAAUUGUUAAAGUCAGAUAGACGUGUCGUGGUCGACAUGGAUAGAGGUGAAUUCGACAAAAAGAGGUCCAGAGACGAAAUGGACAGAAGAAGAGAGUCAGAUAGAAAACGUCAUGAGAAAGAUAGAAGCAGAGACGAAGUAAAAAGAGACGACAGUAGGCAAUCCAAAAAGCCUUCUGAAAAGUUGAAGGAGGAAAACAGGAGGGAUGAUGGCAUGAAAAAAAAGUCAGAGGAUGAUAGACGUAAAGAAGCUAGCAAAAAAGAAGACUCAAGGAAAAGAGAACACGAAAAGAGUAGGGAUGAGGAAAAAAAGCGAGAAGUAGAGAAAAGUAGCAGCAGUAGCACAGCUCGGCCGAAUCACGAUUCCUCUAGACACUCGCAUACGGCCAGUCGUCAGGAAAGCAGUCGAGACCGUCAUGUCAAUCGGGAUCAGCCGCACAGUCGCGAUUAUCAGAGUUUAGACAAGCAUAGCCGAGAAGGACAAAAUAGGCAUAGUCGGGACAGGCAUAGCCGAUCAGAACUCCACCGAGAAAGAAGUCGAGACCGAUUGGAUUCACGCAGAAACCACGAUAGACCUCGAUCUCGCGAUGGCAGGCGCUCCAGGAGUUUGGGCAAGAACAGAGAUUGCGACAAAAGUCGAGAUCGUCACAGACGAUCGUCAAAGUCGCGAUCACGGGAUCGGAGUCAUAGAGAUCUCAGACAUAGUGGUCGGGAUCGUGAAAAGAAUGGUAAACGCGAGCGUGGCGAUAAAUUCAAAGACUCGUUGUCUGAGGGUCUCAAGCCUGAACAUUCUGAUAGCUCUAGUGAGGAGGAAAUCAAAGAUAUUGACAUUGAGGAGGAUGAGGAUGAAGAGGCCAUUAUUGAGCGCCGCAGAAAGCAGAGGGAAGAACUUUUAAAGAGGCUAGGAGCACCCAAUGAUGACUCGAACUUUUCAUCUGAUAUGAACGUAACGAGAUCACCACCGUCUGAGCAUCAGUCUAGCACGUCUAACAAUAAUUCAACUGUCAAUAAUAUUAAUAACAAUAAUAAUGAUUCUGCUUCAGAGAGUCAUACACCACCGUUACCUCACAAAAGAAAGUACAAAGGUGAUGAGAAGCUCAGUCCCGACAAACAAGAUAACAAGGGUGACAAGAAGUUGGAUGAAAAGCUCAAUUCUAAAAAGUCUAAUGAAUGGGAUAUGUUUGCUGAAGUCGACAAUCCUGGUGAUUUCAAUAGUCCAACAGUUGAAGGUGGUAAACGCCUUGGUGGACCAGAUAACCCCAGUUUAACUGAUAAUUGGGAUGAUGCUGAAGGUUAUUACAGGGUUCGCGUUGGAGAAACGUUAGAUUCACGUUAUGUCGUGUAUGGUUACACUGGACAAGGUGUAUUUAGUAAUGUCGUAAGAGCUAGGGACACUGUCCGCGGCAGUAUGGAUGUUGCUGUAAAAAUUAUUAGGAGUAAUGAAAUAAUGCACAAAACAGGUUUGAAAGAAUUGGAAAUUCUUAGAAAAUUAAAUGAUGCUGAUGCAGAAGAUCGUUUUCAUUGUUUACGAUUGUUUAGGCAUUUCUUUCAUAAAAAUCAUUUGUGUAUGGUUUUUGAAUCUUUAGCCAUGAAUUUAAGAGAGGUACUAAAAAAAUACGGCAAAGAUGUUGGUUUGCACGUAAAAGCAGUCAGGUCUUACACGCAACAGCUUUUUUUAGCCCUAAAGCUACUCAAACGAGCAAAUAUAUUACAUGCCGAUAUUAAGCCAGACAAUAUUCUAGUCAGUGAGAGCAAAUUAGUAUUAAAGUUGUGCGAUUUUGGAUCUGCGUCAUUUGCUCACGAAAAUGAGAUCACGCCUUACCUAGUUUCAAGAUUUUACAGAGCACCCGAAAUCAUUCUUGGAAUACCAUAUGAUUUUGGCAUUGACAUGUGGUCUGUUGGCUGUACGAUUUUUGAACUUUAUACCGGUAAAAUCAUGUAUUCCGGCAAAACAAAUAAUCAAAUGUUAAAAUUCUUCAUGGAUUUAAAAGGCAAAAUGCCAAAUAAGAUAAUUAGGAAAGGCCAGUUCAAGGAUCAUCAUUUUGAUACCAAUUGCAAUUUUCUGUACCAUGAAGUUGACAGAGUAACAGAGAGGGAAAAAGUAGUUCAAAUGUCAACGCUGCCAGCUACCCGUGACCUUGGAACAGAGUUGGGUCUUGGAAACUCUUUGCCACCGGAACAGGCGCGUAAGGUCACCCAACUCAAAGACCUGCUCGAGCGUAUCUUUAUGCUGGACUCUGCCAAACGGAUAACUGUUAAUCAUGCACUAGCCCAUCCUUUCAUCCAAGAAAAAAUCUAGGAGAGUUAAUACCUAUCUGUGCAAUAGAAUUAACCUGACCAGGCAGCCUCGCAAACUCUUGAGGACAGACCUACGCCACAUCGAAUCGGUCUUCACGACUUGAUUUCAUCGGUUAAGCAACUGGACCUUUACACGGGCCUUAGCUGUUCCCGUUGCAAGCCCUCCCUGAGCGGAGGGGGAACAGUGGAAGAGAAAGGGAGAGAGAAAAUCAUAGAGAAUAACGGCUUUAUAAGAAAAAGAAAGAGAAAUAAAAGAGAGAUCCGAAUAAUAUGAGCCGCGUCGCACUGACACUAGCGCACCAACGACUCGGCCACACUAAAUAAAAUAUUCGCUAAACACCAAAGAGAGUAUUAGUAAGUAUGAGUCGGGGGAUCAGGUAAGGUGUCAGUAAUUAGUGAUUAAGACUUUGUUAAUUGAAUGAGUAAAAGAGUUUCAACUUUCUUUUUUGUAGGCCUUUCGUACGACCUCGACUAUUUUAAUUUUAAUUGGCAUGUAGAUUUCAGAUUGUUCACUAUCCAGUAAUGCAAACGUUUUUGUAUACAAAAAAAAAAAAAAAAAAAAUUUAAACGUUUUUGUUAACGCUGUAUAGC